CUGCCUUAGAGGGUCCGCCAGCCACCCAUUAAAGUAUGAAAGGAAGGAAUUUUCAUCAACGUCCCACACCUCCCAUUCCUUUUCCCUUAGUUCCUAGUACCCAGGAAGGGGCUUGAGGGAGUUCAUGACCCCCCAAAUGAGCGCCCCAUGUUUGUGGGUCCCAUAAGAUUUCUCACAGGGGUCUUUGACUUAAGGAGGUUAAGGACCUUGACCUUCCAUGAUCUGUCCCUAGUUGGUGGCAGGAUUUGAAUUACAGUCUGUGAGUCCCAGGUUGCCCCCCACAAGGGGGAGUCGCAGGCUCCGAGGAGGUCUUCAGGAGCAGGAGGGUGUUUCCUGAGGACUGUGAGGCAGGGUUCACCCGGGCUUCAUGCCCUUGGCCUCCUCCAUGGGGUCUCCUCCAGAGUGAUCACUUACUCCUCAGGGAAAAGCCUGAGGGCCUCUGUCUGCUACUCCUCCCCCUUCACUCGCAGACCCCUGCCUGCCCCUCCCCUACUUCCACAACAGCCUCUUUAUCCCUUGGCCCCCAGAGACCUUCGGCAGCUCAGCUCGGCCCUCAGUUUCAGUAUGGGGGUGGGAAGAGCACACCUGAGCUGAGGAAGGAGUGGGGGGGGGGAUUUUCUAGGCCGUUGCCUGGGUGAUGCCACCUGAGCUGGGCGCAGGCACCUGUCGCCCAGGGAACGGCGCGGGCGGAGCCCCUCCCUUGAGAGCAGCCAGGGCCAUUGGGCUGAGACUGGAGACAGAUCGGGUUCCUGGGGCGGGCAGGGGGACAAGAGCAGGGUUGGGAGUGUGCGAUACGGGGGAAUCUGGGUGUGUUUGCCCAUGAAAUGAAAAGGCUACAGGGAGGAGUUGCUGGGGGAGGAGGCGGUGGCUCAGGGGGGCAGCGGAACCUCCACUUCUCUUUGCCGAGCCUACCAGAGCUCCAUUCUCCCCACCUUCCUUGCUCCCCAGCUGGUCCUCUGUCUCCCCUUUCCUUUGUCCCUUCAUUCCCACAGGCACGGAGUUUCUUUCCUUUCCCGUUCCGGUUGCGGUACCCCCUCCCAGGUUCCCCAUCCCAGCCCCAGCCCCGCCUUCUCCCUGUAGCUCUGGCUUCCCCAGUCUCUGCUUUGCUGCCCCUCCCCUGUCUCCGCCUCAAAACCCCGCCUGCAUCUGGGAGCGGGCUGAGUCCCCAGGUGGCACCCACAGACGGUGCGCUGCUCCGCGCGGGGCUGCACCUGCCGGCGGGGAAGGCUCUUCUCAGCCUGAAGGUGGGUCAGGAGAGGCUUUGCAAGCCAGGUCAGAGGGGCAGCGGCCAGGACGUGACUGCAGCGUGGCAGGAGCGGCAGCCACUGGGCAUCUGAUAGGCAACGGAACCCUCGAGAGGACGCCUCCAAGCAGGGCUGUGAGAUUGAUUUGUGUGCGUCGGGGUCAGAGACAUACCUGUGAGGGGCUCAAAGAGAGGUGCUUCGCAAGAGGCCCACAGAUGUGAGGACGGUCCUGGCCGAGGACACUGACUUACCCUCGUGCUGGGCACCGAGACCCCCACCCAGCAACAUCGGACCCACCCCUGUAGUCAACCAGGCCGUCUAGGGUUAAGAAGACCUGAAAGGACAGAUGGCUUCGACUGGCCUUGAGCUCCUGGGCAUGACCCUGGCUGUGCUGGGCUGGCUGGGCACCCUGGUGUCCUGUGCCCUGCCCCUGUGGAAGGUGACCGCCUUCAUCGGCAACAGCAUCGUGGUGGCCCAGGUGGUGUGGGAGGGGCUGUGGAUGUCCUGCGUGGUGCAGAGCACGGGCCAGAUGCAGUGCAAGGUGUAUGACUCCCUGCUGGCACUGCCCCAGGACCUGCAGGCUGCCCGCGCCCUCUGCGUCGUCGCCCUCCUGCUGGCCCUGCUCGGGCUGCUGGUGGCCAUCACAGGGGCCCAGUGCACUACCUGCGUGGAGGACGAAGGUGCCAAGGCCCGCAUCGUGCUCACCGCGGGGGUGCUCCUCCUCCUCUCGGGCAUCCUGGUGCUCAUCCCCGUCUGCUGGACCGCACACGCCAUCAUCCAGGACUUCUACAACCCCCUGGUGGCCGAGGCCCUCAAGAGGGAGCUGGGGGCCUCCCUCUACCUGGGCUGGGCCGCUGCUGCUCUGCUCAUGCUGGGGGGGGGACUACUCUGCUGCACAUGCCCCCCACCCCAGAUCGAGCGGCCCCGAGGACCGAGGCUGGGUUACUCCAUCCCCUCCCGCUCAGGUGCAUCUGGGCUGGACAAGAGGGACUAUGUAUGAGGUGGAAAGUGUCCCUGGAAGCCUGCAGCUCAGACCCUUGACCUUGAGCCGGAUGCCCUGCUCUGAUCGUUGUCCCCUACUGCCAACCCCUCCCCCAGGGCAAAACCCAUUUCCCAGAAGCUCCAAUCAGGCCUGGCUACAGAGCUGGAUAUCAGCAGCCCUGGCUGAGUCCAAACCCUCUUCAAUGGGGUCCCCACAAGUCCUUCACCUACCUCCACCCAGGAAAAGCCAGAGCUGAUGGAGUGUGCUGGCCUGCCCCUGCCUCUCCUGGACAGAUUACUUUCUUCUGCAGUCCAUCCUCUUCCUCUGGGGCCACCCCUUCCCCAGGAACCUGGGCUUCACCCAAACAGCAGCAUGUCCUUGGCUCCAAAAUAAGGAGGGGACCCUUGUCUGGGAUGGGUCCUCUCCAGCCUGGCCACCACCUGCAUCCAGGGGUCCAGCCAAUCACCCCGCCCUCUGUG